AUUCAUGAGGAUGGCUAUUCAGAGGAAGAAUGCAAGCAGUACAAAGUGGUGGUCUACAGCAAUACUAUCCAAUCUAUCAUUGCAAUAAUAAGAGCAAUGGGAAGAUUAAAAAUAGACUUUGGAGAAGUUGCCAGAGCUGAUGAUGCCCGUCAGCUGUUUGUAUUGGCUGGAAGUGCAGAAGAAGGAGUUAUGACUCCUGAGCUAGCAGGAGUGAUUAAGCGGUUAUGGAGAGAUCCUGGGGUUCAAGCAUGCUUCAGCCGAUCGAGAGAAUACCAGCUUAAUGAUUCUGCAUCGAUGUUUGAUGUUGGUGGCCAGCGUUCAGAACGCAAGAAAUGGAUCCACUGCUUUGAAGGUGUAACAGCAAUUAUAUUCUGCGUAGCGCUCAGUGAUUAUGACCUUGUCCUUGCGGAGGAUGAAGAAAUGAAUCGGAUGCACGAGAGUAUGAAACUCUUUGACAGCAUUUGUAACAACAAAUGGUUUACAGAUACAUCAAUCAUUCUUUUCCUGAACAAAAAAGAUCUGUUUGAGGAAAAGAUACGACGGAGCCCACUAACAAUUUGCUACCCAGAAUACACAGCAUUUGUCAUUGGGACGUAA